GCCUCCUGUAGCAAUGGCGACGUCUUUGGGAUCCAACACUUAUAACAGGCAAAACUGGGAAGAUUCGGAUUUUCCCAUCCUCUGUCAAACAUGCUUGGGAGAAAACCCUUACAUUCGCAUGACGAAAGAGAAAUUUGGCAAGGAGUGCAAGAUCUGUGCACGUCCCUUCACAGUUUUCCGCUGGUGUCCUGGAGUCAGGAUGCGCUUUAAGAAGACAGAAGUGUGUCAGACCUGUAGUAAAAUGAAGAACGUUUGUCAGACCUGCCUCCUAGAUCUGGAAUAUGGUUUGCCCAUUCAGGUUCGUGACACUGGGCUCUCCGUUAAAGAUGAAGUACCGCGAUCUGAUGUGAAUAAGGAGUAUUACACUCAGAAUAUGGAAAGAGAGAUUGCCAACUCUGAUGGCACGAGACCUGUGGGUUUGCUUGGAAAGGCUCCGAGCAGCAGUGAUAUGCUGCUGAAACUGGCGCGCACCACACCGUACUACAAGAGGAACAGACCACACAUCUGUUCCUUCUGGGUUAAAGGAGAGUGCAAAAGAGGAGAAGAGUGUCCGUACAGGCAUGAAAAACCCACUGAUCCAGAUGACCCCCUGGCUGAUCAGAACAUUAAGGACCGAUACUAUGGAAUUAACGAUCCUGUGGCUAAUAAACUGCUGAUGCGAGCCUCCACCAUGCCCAGACUGGACGUACCGGACGACAAGUCCAUAACCACACUUUAUAUUGGAGGCCUGGGAGAAAACGUCACAGACUCGGAGCUCCGGAAUCACUUUUACCAGUUUGGAGAGAUUCGGACCAUCACUAUCGUCCAGAGGCAGCAGUGUGCUUUUAUUCAGUUUGCCACUCGACAGGCUGCAGAAACAGCUGCGGAGAAGUCCUUCAAUAAACUCAUCAUCAAUGGACGUCGUCUUAAUGUUAAAUGGGGCAGGUCCCAGGCGGCACGAGGGAAAGGAGAGAAGGACGGGGUGACGGAGAGUGGCAUCAGACUGGAGCCGGUGCCAGGGCUUCCUGGUGCUCUGCCUCCACCACCUGUCUCUGAUGAAGAUGCGUCCACCAAUUACUUCAAUCUGGCUCCCACACCCUCCCCUGCUGUCAUGAACCUGGGUCUUCCUCCUCCACCCGGGGUGACCAUGCCUCCUCCACCUGGAUUUGGUCCUCCUAUGUUCCACACUAUGGACCCCAUGGCCCCGCCGGUGCCACCUCCAAUGGCCCUGAGACCACCCGGACAGGUCCACUACCCAUCUCAGGAUCCUCAGAGGAUGGGUGCCCACGCCAGUCGCCAUGGAGGCCCCUAGAUAGUCAUCCAGCUACCUCACUGUUUAGUGCCCUUACUGCUGGACAUCUGACCCAGAGUGAUUUCACUGCUGCCCUCAUUUCUCAAAAUGCUUAUCGUAGUCAUUAAAGAGCAAGUGUUUAAGAUGGAAAUGCGUUACGAAAAAAAAAAAACACCAGCGCCUGUCUUAGUAUUCAAACCAUGAGGAAAAAAAUUUAACGUUUUUUAUUUCUACCCCUUGAUGUUUUCUGUCAUCUUUUUUGUCUGUUUAAUUUUUUUUGUGCAUUAAUAUGAAAUGCAUAACAUGCAGUGGUUGCAGUGACCAACAGUCACCAAAUGGGGGCACUAUUGACUAUUUCAAUCACCUGAAGACUUUAUUUGGGUUUUUGAAACUUUUAUUGUCCUACACCUCUAGAAUAUUCAGAAUUCAAACCACAGUUCACACUAGUGUUGCUCUCUUCCCCUGAUAAUAUAAAGUACAAAGUGUAUCGUCCUGAAUUAUUUUACACAUUUUCUUUUUUUUAAGUAUGGCUGUCCUGCUUGUCGUUACAUUAAAGAAGCUUCACAUUUUCAAA